AUGUCAUAUAGCACGGCAGCCGGAUCUCCGUGGACGGUGCGGAGAACUGCGCCAUCUGCAUCCUUUGAUGAGCAAUUUCCGGCAUUAGGGUCGGCAAAUCCACCUGUAAUGAAUAGAAAUUCGUCCGGAAACAGAGGGAAAAAUGGCAUAAACAGUGCAAACAAUAGCACAAGCAGUACCAAUAGCAACAAGCACCAGCCGUUGUUGUCACAGCAGCUUGAAGCAAGCAAUCCAAAUGCAUCUGUGACCAGUCCAUCUGCCCAAACUAAGGCAAAUGCUCAGGCAAUAUUGAAUGCAGUGAAACAUGCAUCGACAAUAGCCAAUCAGAGCAGUGCUGGCGGUACGGAUGGCGAUGGAAAUGCAGGAAAAUCCAGUUUGUCGAGAAAUGCAAGUGGAAUCCUCAACAAUUUGGCUGAAAUGGCCGGAAAACAGCAAAGAGAUGGAUCUCACACUCCACAACUUCCACCCGGGCUUGUUCCCGCGGCUCCGAAUGCUUCUGAGAUGGGUGGAUCUGGUGCAAAGGGAAAUGAUGCUUUUGCAGCUGCGAAAACCGAGACUGUGAAGACUCAGCAGGAGAAAGCAGAUGAACCAGUUACAGAAAUCGACAAAUACGGGUUAAAGGCUCUUUUACCGUUGCUCAGACAAGAGCCAAGCGAUCAGACUACGAUUGCAAUGGGGAUUGAUCUCAAUAUGCUUGGAUUGGAAGUUUCGAGUACAAACAGGGAAAGUGCCGAUUACAAGAUUUCGAAAUCGUUUGCUUCUCCUUGGUUGGAGACUAGUAGGUCUGAAGUUGAGCCACUAUUUACCACUCCGGAGAGUUUCAAGUUGUCCGAGGCGGACUUGCCGAAUAUCGAGUCGAAAAUCGGGACUUUCACGGAUGAGACGUUGUUUUUCAUUUUCUACAGCAAACCAAGAGAUACCCUCCAGGAGUUGGCUGCCAGGGAACUCAACAGCAGAAACUGGAGGUAUCACAAAGAAUUACAGGUCUGGCUCACCAAGGAGUCGCAUUCCGAGCCAAUUCCGAACGGUCCCGACUCCGAAAGAGGCACCUAUGUCUUUUUUGAUCCGACAACUUGGCAAUAUGUCACCAAGGACUUCAUUCUUUCAUACCAGUCGAUCAUAUGA